AUGUCGUACGAGCAAUCGUCAUCAUCGUUCAAUGAAAGUGGUUUCGGUGGAGCUACAGGUGGAUAUGGUGUUGCAUUUAAUGGAGGUUUGCAAGGAAGUGCAGAAGGAAGCUUUUCAAGUUAUGAAGCAACAUCUACAACAGGUUACGGAUCUGGUACUGGAGCAAAUGAAGCCCAGUUUGGUGUUGGUGGAGGCUUCGGCGGUGAAUAUCAUUCAUCAUCGGCCUAUGCAGGUCAUAAUCAGCAAGAUGGUCUUAAUGCAUCGUUGGCUAAUAGUGGGGCUGGUGGUAACUAUUACUCGUCAGCAUCUUAUGGUGGCCUGAACCAACAAGGUGUUCUUGAUGCAUCGUCAACCGCUGCUAAUGGAAUCAGUUCUGAUGGAUUUCAACAGCAUUCCUCUUCAUUGACUACACGUUAUGCGACAGAUUCUCAAGGUCUCUAUCAAGAUCCUAAUCCUCAAAUCAUUCGUCGACCAGCAGCAACAAAUGCGCAAACAUAUGUUCAGCGAGUAGUGGUUCGAUUUUUACAGCCACCACCAGUUUCUCCUCCAGGCCCUCUCAUCAUCAAAGAAGUUCGUCCACCACAACCACCUCCGCCACCACCACUCUAUAUUCGACAACGCCCAGCACCACCACCCAUAUUGCCACCAAUUGUUAUUCGUGAAGCUCCACCUAAAAUGCCAGCACCAGUAGGCACACAAGUAAUCACUAAAUUACUUCCACCAUUACCUGUUCCACCUCGUUCAGUAAUUAUCGAACGGUUGCCACCUCUUCCUCCUAAACCACGUGAUGUCGUCGUUGAACGUUGGUUACCAUAUCGUGCUCAACAAAAACGUCGUGUCAUUGUUCAACGAGCUCCACCCCCAGUUGUUCAAAAGCCACGCAACAUCAUUAUUUAUUAUGAACCACCCAAGGCUCAAAUUGUUCGUCGAUUUCACAAUUUGGGCGUUGAACGUGCGAAUCCAAAUGAAUACGUGGCACGUUAUGGAACUCAAUUGGAAGAUUCCCAUGCACUUAUUUCACAUGCCAGACAAGCUGGCGUCGUUGAAGAUAUUUCACCACCUGGUGGUGCAGCAUCUAAUUUUCAAUCAUCCACUUACGGAAGUUACCAAUCCGGUGAUGCUGGUUUUGCUGCAGGUGGAUACGAUGGCAGUGGUGGUUUUUCGACAGGAGAUAGUGCUGCUUAUGGUGUCAGUGGCGGUUUUUCGACAUUGGGAGGUGCCGGUUACAGUGCUGGUACUAACUAUAAUGUAGGGGUUGGUGCAGGUGCAGGCUACAGUGCAGGUGCAGGUGCAGGCUACAGUGCAGGUGCAGGUGCAGGUUAUAGUGUAGGUACUGGUGCUGGUGCUGGCUACGAUGAAAGUGGUAAUGCUAACGGAUUCUCGUCUAGUAGUUACGAAUCAUCUUCAUCGUAUGGUACAGCCGGUGGUGCUGGUGGCCUUGAGUCAUCCUUUGGCGGUUUUGGUCUUGCCGAUAAUACAAAUGGUGUUGUUGGCAGUAAUAACAGCUAUGAAUCGCAUACAUCUCAAAUAUAUGGUUGA